CGAGGCUCUAGGUUGCACACGUGUGAGCGGGAAUUCAAGGAGUUGGGAGGUGCUCUAGGACCCCCCCAAAGUUGGGAAACUUGCAGGACCUAAAGGAGUCUAUUAAGAUGAAGUUGAAUCUUACCAAGGUAGUUAAUGGCUGUCGCCUGGGAAAAAUUAAAAACCUCGGCAAAGCAGGGGACCUCACCGUGGACUUUCCAGGCUGCCUCCUGUACACCAGGACGGGCUCGGCCCCACACCUGACCCAUCACACUCUGCAUCGCAUUCAUGGUCUCCCAGCCAUGACGCAGCUUACUCUGUCCUCCCUCGCAGAACAUCAUGAAGUCUUGGCAGAGUAUAAGGAAGGAGUUGGAAAGUUUAUAGGCAUGCCAGAUUCGCUGUUCUACUGCUCCCUGCACGAUCCGGUUAGCCCCUGCCCCUCUGGUUAUGUAACAAACAAGUCUGUGUCGGUGUGGGGUGUUGGCGGCCGAGUGGAAAUGACUGCAUCCAAAUUCAUGGCCAUUCAGGAGUCCCUUCAGCCUGAUUGGUUCCAGUGCCUCUCGGAUGGAGAAGCAUCUUGCAUGGAGGCACCGUCCUUAAAAAGAGCCCGAAAGUCCGUUGACCGAUCACUUCUUUUUCUGGAUAACUGUCUGCGUCUACAGGAAGAAUCGGAGGUCCUUCGGAAAAGUACCAUCAUUGGAGUGGUGGAGGGCGGAGAUGUGAUGGAGGAGAGGCUGCGGUCAGCCCGAGAGACAGCCAAGCGGCCCGUUGGGGGCUUCCUUCUGGAUGGCUUUCAAGGGAAUGCAGCGACCCUGGAGACCAGACUGCACUUGCUGUCAUCAGUCACUGCUGAGUUGCCGGAGGACAAGCCAAGGCUCAUCUGUGGUAUCAGUCAGCCAGAUGAAGUGCUGGAGUGUAUUGAGAGAGGAGUGGACUUGUUUGAGAGUUUUUUCCCUUAUCAAGUGACAGAGCGUGGAUGUGCCCUCACUUUCAGCUUUCAUUACCAGCCAAAUCCUGAAGAGACAUUAUUACAACAAAAUGGAACAGAGGAAGAGAAAAAAUACAUGGCUCAAACAAAGAAAACUGAAACAACUAAUUGCAACCAAGAAAUGACAUCAUUUGAAAUUAAUCUGAAGGAAAAAAAGUAUCAGGAAGAUUUCAACCCAGUGGUGAAAGGGUGUUCCUGUUACUGCUGUAAGAACCACACUCGUGCUUAUAUCCACCAUCUGCUGGUGACCAAUGAACUGUUGGCCGGGGUCCUGCUCAUGAUGCACAACUUUGAACACUACUUUGCCUUUUUCCACGCCAUCAGGGAAGCACUAAAAAGUGACCGACUGGCCGAGCUGAAAGAACUCAUCUGCAGGCAAGCUUCUUGAGAUCUGGCAAACACAAGUGACUCGUCACAUAAAGCCUGGACCAGAGGAAGAGACCUUAGGGAGCUUAGCUUAAAUCAUUUCUAUUUGAGAGCAAGAUCUGCUUCAAUAAAGUCUGUACCAAAAUGCCCACACGGUCCUGGUAGUACCCGGGCAACCAGGCCCAAUGGGUCAAUACCAGGACCUGGCAAUACAGCACUGUGUGGGCCUUCUUCGACCACCAAGAUCACCCGAACACUGAUCAGAGGCUAUACUCAGCAGCACUUGGGGACCUCCAGGGCAGCACCCCACUGGACUUGGAAGGCUGUGCGAUGGAGGGGAGAGAACUGGGGUCCUGAGCAUGCACAGCAUGGGUCUCUAACCCCUGUUCUAAUCCCUGUUCCCUUGGGGACUUAAAUGACCAGGAUAAGAAUUAAGCCAUCUCCUUGUAAUAUUCCUCUGCCAGUUCUUUUCAUCUGCAGUGAAUCACUGAGUCAAAGCAAAAGCUUUAGAAGUGAAGGCACAGCUUUCAAGUAGGGAUAAGUUGAGAUUCUCAGAGUUCACCGACUUGCAUUGCAACUCACAGAGACUGCUCGGGAGGAGCUUGACCUCUGUGGACUAGUGCCUGUGGACAGGAAAAGGAAUCCAACUCAUUCUGGACUUUUCUGAAUUGUAAUCCUUUUAUUCUCAGGGGCAUCUUUUGUAUACUAGUGUCUUCCAGAGUGCCACGGCAGGGUAGUCAGUCAGAAGUGGCUCGCGUGAUUUAAUCAGACUUAAAUCUCAUGGGUUAUGGGACUCAUCCAUUGCUACUUUGACCCGUUGGUCCCCAGCACAUUCCUUCGCUGAACUUUUGGUCUACUUGUUUGGACUUCCUAGACACAAUGCAGUCUCCUGUUAGAAACCAGAACUCCCUAGCCGCCUUCACCUGAUUGAACAGAUCCACUGUGAUCUGCCUUCCAGGCUCAUUCAUAGUCACAACACCACAUAAUAACCUGGUAGCACCACCACUUAGGGAGAUUUAUUCUCUGAGUAUUUAUUUGGAAGGAGCCCUGAGCUGGCGUUGAAAGGAUCGAGUUUCAGUUUGUCUCAUCUGUGAUACCUGGGCACAUCACUCAGCCUUGCUGUGCCUAGUUCCUUCUGGAUAAAUGGGAACAGGCAGUGAGUAGGACUAAAUGCACUUCUAAAAUUCCGUCUAACUCUGGCAUUUGGGGAAGAGAAGGUUUUAGGAGACUUACAGCCUUACUUGUUUUUUGAUUAAGCUCUACGGGCCUUAUGGAAAAAAUGCAGCAAUGCCAGCAAUAAUCAAUGCAUAAUAGAGAUUAUUUGAGCACCUAGGUGUGUGGAUGUUAAAGUGGUUGGUGAAUUGGCAUCAGCAGAUCCUUAGAUGGGAAGACCUUUCUGAUCAUCUCUGAUGCUGCAAAUACUUUGAUGCACUCAGUAAAGAAAUGACAUUUGUGUUGAUAGUUAUUUUCUCUCUUUUUCUAUAUUUGUCAGGCUUUUCUAUAAGAAUACUCUCUCAUCCUUGGGCAUACACACAGAUGAUGUAGAACAAAAUAGCAACAUAAAAAACAGUUGCUUUUAUUUGUAGAUGUGUGAAAUAUUCACUUUAAAAUAAAUAAAAUUGAUAAAUUUUGCACUGUUCUGCUGUUGAUUAGUGGGCAUUACUGAACAUGUUUUUAAUUAUAUGCUUGUUAUACUUUUAUAUUUCGGUGCCCAUCUAUAUAGUUUUAUUAGUGGCUGAGAAACAGUCUUGAAAUUUGGAAUUCUUUAACAUUCUUAUAAAUUUCAAUGAAUGGCAAGGGAUACAUACAAAAGACAGAGUUUCUCUACUCCAGGAUCUCAUUGUUUUAGAAUAUAUUGAACUUUUUUGUAUGUUUAUAUUCUCACUGAAGUCCAAACCCUGUUGUUGGGUAUAUUGAAAAUAUUCCAGGAUCCAUAUAAAAUUUAUGAGUUUUAUUUAUAUUCAGAACACUAAAAAUUCUGCCCAACAUUGUCCAUUUUCUGGGCCUUUUUCUUAUUAGAACAUUUUUUGUAGUUUAUUUCUUUAAUGUGAUUCUAUUAAGAUCAAUAGGCAAUAAAGAUUUUUUAAUUUUAAAAAUGUAUACUGUCUCUCACUUCCUGCAAACAGUAGGAAG